GUGGACUUCCCCAAAGUUCAGUUACCGGAGUUAAAUCAGUCACAAGGGCAAUGAAACUUUGAAGCUUGGGAAAGUCGCGUUUGGUAACAACAGGGUAGUCCUCCUUUACUGUGCUAGAAAUAUUUAUUUUAAUGCGUUUGUUAAGUAUGAAGUCCAGGCGUGGAGAGAUGGACUGGCUGUGGACAUUUUUCACACUGAUUUUAAACUUUCAGCUCACUCACGGGACUCCCUUAUCUUAUGACUUAUUCCAAGGGUCUGCAUACACUGGAGCGGUGCAUAGACACAGAAACAGGAACUGGUGCGCCUAUGUGGUGCAAAAGAACGUGAGCUGCGCCGUGCAGGGGAGUGUGGAGAGCUUCCAGGAGCCCGUGGUGGCCCCCUGCCCAGCCUACCAGCCCGACUGCCAGAAACAAGUGACAUACACAACUCGGUUUCGACCCACAUACAAGCUUGCCUACAAGACGGUCACAGAGUUAGAGUGGAGAUGCUGUCCUAGUUACCAAGGUCCAAACUGUAAAGAUUUAAAACCAGCUUCUGACCGGCAAACAGUGCAGGGAACGCAGCCAUACAGCUCACCAAAUCCUGGACAUGGGACCAGAUACAUACAGAGGCCAGAACGAAGACAGACUCCACAGCAUGAGACAAGGCCUGGUGGGACAGAUAAGGUGCGUCUUCUGGAAGGUGAAGUUCAGCGUCUGUCUCAGACAGUCCUGGAUCUCCAGUCUGCUUUGACGGGGUUAACUGCAAACCUCCGCAGUGACCUGCAAGAGGGCACAAAGCAGAUGCUGGUAACACUUCUGAACAACAUACGCCCACCAGACAGUGCCACAGAUGCAGGCACAGAGGAGAACCCGGCUGUGUUGGAUGGCCAUCAGGCUACCAGAGGUGGGAUGCCAGGACAGAAGGACAUAGAAAAAAUCGUAGCUCGUUUGGAUGAUAUCAGCAAUGCUCUGCAAAGCAAGGAUGAAGCUUUGGAAGACUUAAGAGGAAUCACAACCAGUCAUGAGGGGCAGAUACGUGUCCUGAUGGAUGCCUCUCAAUCUCAGGCUUCAACCAUAGCAGAUUUUGAUGUUAUACAGACCUAUAUUGAUGGAAAAUUUGAAAAGCUCAAGAAAGAGAUAGACCAGAAUGUGGAGGAACAAAUGGCCAAAGUUCAGAGCUCAUGCAAUGACAAGCUCCAGAAGUUGCAGAAGACCUGUGAAGAUAGCCAUGAUGAAGUUUUGGACAGGUUUACCAAGUUGGUGAAUUCCAAGGAGGCCGAUCUGAGAAAGGAGAUCCGAUCACUGCUUCUAGACAUGGCUGCCGCAGAUGGACCUGUACGAACUCAAAGGCAGACAGAUCCAUCCAAAGAGGACAAAGAACACAGUGACCAUAAAGACCUGUGGCGUGAGAUUGACCGUAUUACAGAGGCUUACCGCAUCCUGAAUGUCCGCAUUGACAACGAGUUGGCACACCUGUCUUCUCCUCAGGAAGGUGUCAGCGACUUUUCUGUAUUGAUUCAGGAGCUGGAGGCCCGUAUAAAUAUUACAGAACAAAACGCAGAGACUCACUGCUUCUAUAUCGAGGAGAAGCUAACCCGUACAAUUGCAGAAGAAGUGGCAGCUCUUCGGCAGCUUCUGGACGGGCGUUUGAACAGUGUGGAGGACCAGUUUACGAACAUUCUGGUGGAAAUGAGCAAAAAAGAUUUCCCAGGGACAUUAAGCGACUCCAUUGAUGGCAUCCAGGCAGAAGUUAAUAACAACAAGCUCCUCCUCCAAGGUUUGGAUGAUAAGAUUAAUACUGUUGGAGAGUUGUGCUCUGCAGGAUGUGCAGGAUCAGAAAAUAUCGCAAGAGAAGUAACUGCUGCGCCUAAACCUUAUGCUAUAGAAAACAUUUUAAAGGACCUGUAUCGAUAUAGAAAUGAUCUGGACAUCCUUCACACAGACGUGAGUUCCAACACAGCCAAGCUCAGGCAACUGGAAGAUCUUGUUCAAAGGUAUUCAGCAGCAGAUGAGAGAAGUGUGCAGACGAUGGAUGACUUCAAGAAGGGACUGAUUAAUCUCCAAAAUAAUGUGCUUGGUCUGGCUGGUGCUGUUACUGGGUUGGGUGAUUCCUUAGGCAAAUACAACCAAGAUAUCCACAAAAUAAACUCCACAUGCUGCUAUGCAGAGCGGAGUGGAGAAGGAAAUACAGCACGGGACAAUGGGGAUACAUCUGACGCCACUCAACGUAAGGUGGGGGAGCUGGAGGAUAGGCUCGAUAGGCUUACCAGGCAGGUGUCAUCUGAACUGAAUGAAUGUAAACAGAACACACAGGGAGUUUCUGAUGGCAUCUCCGCUGUGGAUGGGCGUGUAACCCGACUUGAAAAGGUGUGUGGAAAGUUAGAUGGAGUUUCUGCUAAUAUCAAAGAGCUGAAAGAUGGGCUGGAGAGACAUGUUGGCGGCCUGCACGACUGCGUCUACAGGAUGAACGUCACGUGUGGAAAUCACGGAGCAGAAAUCAACGCUCUGCAGAGUUCUUUGCAGAAGUUUCAGGCACAGCUGUCUGCCAUAGCCAAACACGUUUCGAAAGAUGGCGCUGCCAAAGAGCCAGGAAUGACCUUUAGACCAGAGAUGCCUGCCUCUUUGCCAGACAGAACCAGAAUCCAACAAAUCCACAUUCCUCUCAUCAUUCCUCCUGUGCCAUCCAACCCCAGACAGCCAUACAGUCCAGGACAACCAGUGCAGCCAAAUACACACAUAAUAAAUAUCAGCCCACCAAGCCAGCCUUCAAGUCCCCAGCAACCAGGCAUGCCGACUCUGCCCCGGAUUUCCAUGAGGCCUGUAGUGGAGACAGGAGAGGCAGGACCUCCAGGAUACAACCGCAGGGUGACUGUGCGAAGAGGGUCUGAGGACUCUUCUAGCCACCGUGUCAAAGGGUUUGCAGGAGCACCAGGCUAUCCUCCUCUGAAGCUUGCUUCAUUCAAACCUCAACCAGCCAGACGCCAAGCUCCCAUAGCAGCAAAGGUACCCUGGAACGUGGUUUAUCAAACUCCAGCUGACUCACCAGUUUCAGCUGACAGUAGCGCUUUGGCAGACACCUUCUCCUUCUCUGCUGGCCUCACACAGCAGCCUUUCUCUGGAGAUUUUGGCAUCAUUCGCUUUAACAGGGUCCUAGUGAACGACGGAGGACAUUACAAUCCCACCACAGGGAUCUUUACUGUACCACUGGAUGGCCGAUACCUGAUUUCAGGUGUGCUCACUGCAAAGAAGGGUGACCGCGUAGAAGCUGUCCUGUCUGUGUCUAACCGCAGUAUACAGAGGCUGCAGAGCUCAGCGAGACCCCUGGCUGGCCCAGCUGGUGGUAAUUGUGGUUCUGGAGGCACAGUAUCUUUCAGUCUUAUCCUACCCCUUAGAAAAGGAGACCAAGUGGCUCUGGUAAGAACCAGAGGCCAGCUGGCUACAACUGAAGCCAGGGAGAUCCUCUCCACCUACAGCGGCAUCUUUCUGUACUCACCACAAGCCAAAAGAUAGCUGGAGCUCAGGUGGACAGUAACAAUGAGGACUACUUUGUUCCCAGAUAUGUGGACUGGAGGAAAUGUUUGGAGAAACCAUAUUUUUUAAUGAUGCAGCUGUUUUACCUGUGUGAACAUCUUCAGUUAAAAAUCCAUUUAAAAAUUUUCUAUAUUAAAUUUGUAAGCCAUUUGCCAAAGGUGCCUGACUACAAGAAGCAGGAUUUGUAUCUAAUAUAUUUAUCAAGUUGAAUGUUUGUACCUAUUGCAAAUGUGUAGAAGUAUAAAUUAACACUAAAAAUUCAGAAAUGGUAAAUUUUGUUUUAGCAACAGCAUUUAGAGACCCGGCAUGCAGUAUGGUCGACAAUCAGUGGAGCAUAGUGUUGGUUAGGUAAUAAACCAUGAUAAACCACCUUAAAUAUGAUCUCACAUCCUCCUAGAAGUGCACUGAGUGAUUAAGAAAUCUGGCUAACUCCUACGGAAAAACACAAGGUUAGUGAGCAAAACCCCCAUUUGGGUGAUUACAUAAAGUGGGUGGGAAUGAAAUAUAAAUUUCCCCUUUCUCACUCCUGAGAGUGAGAAAAAUUUUUUUCCAGCAGCAAACUAAGAACUUUGCUUUCAGUUCAGCCUUUAAGCCUCCUUUAACUGAUAUUUUAAUUCAAAUUUGAAUAAACACUAUUUGUAUGAAUCUUCCUAUGUUUAUAUUUAAUAAAACCCAUCUGAGAUCUCUAAAACAACCUGUGGGUCUUAACCUGCAGUACCCUCAUUAAUGUACUGUUACUUCAAAAUAUGCAACGGGGCAGAAGUUGCCUCUGGUUAGAGCUGAACUUUUUUUGUCUCAGACUGCAGAUGAGGAAAAUGUAGCACGCGCGCACACGCACACACUUAUUCAGUUAGAAAUUUUAUUUAAUAUAAACAUGACCAUAAGCCACAUUUUGUUAGCUUCAUUAGGCCUGAUUUUUUCCCCCCCUUUCAACCGAUUUUGUUCUUCAAACCACAUUACUAUACAAAUCAAACACAGCAUACAUUUAAUGCAUUUCUGCUGGUCAGACACAAAUACCAAGCAUUACAUCCAAACAAAACAAAACUUAAGUUCACACAAUAGCUCAUACAUGUUAUAAGAAAAACAAAAAGGCAUCAAAGAAGAAUGCAAUGAUCAGCAUAUAUCUAUACCAGUUCGUUUAUAUACCACGCAAUUCCAGGAUCAGAGAGGAUGAAGUGUGAAUCUUUCACACAAGAUGCUUUACUUUCAUAGAAAGAAUGGAAUUUCUUGUUAAUUAUAAGAUAGAUCUAUUUGACUUCACCACUUUGCAGAGAACAAGCAAAACAA